GGGGUUAAAAAAAGAACAGUAAAUCAGUCACGUGGUGUUGUGGAGCUCUUGUCAGUGCUCGUAUUACAGGACAGGAGAUGAUCCUCUCAUACAGUAUGCAGACCCCCUGGUCAGAAAUGUGGAUCAUCCAGCUCUUCUGCGCCGCUGCCCCUUUAAAACUCAGGCAUGCGGAUGACAUCACCGCUCCCAUCAUGUGACAAGCCGUUGGCCCCUCCUCGGCGAUGACGUCAGUGCAUGACUGUGUUUUUAUGAAUGAAAGGAAUCUGUGAGUGAGUAAUUCCAGGAAACUGUAACAUUACAACUCAGCAGAUCUGAGCGCUCCCUCCGCCAGGCACAAGGCAGCUCCAGGGACCUCCAGGCCCCGCGCCCCACAGCACAGCAGGUUUUCUCAGGUUGCAGUGCGGCCCGAGACAUUACAUCACUAGGGAGGCGAUCAGAGGGAGCCUGUCCUGCUUUAAUGGGUGGAGCGACCGCUGGUCGAGAGGGAGAUUGUUCUGCAAGGAAUCGUAGUUUUGCAACAACUAGAGGCACUUUGACAGGUCGUGAUCCCUGGGUGACAAUGUCGUCUGACGGACUGUCAAGCAAGGCAUUGAAGGUAAAAAGAGAAAUGGGAGAGAAUACACCAGUGCUCUCAGAUGAUGAAUUAAUGUCUAUGUCCGUGCGAGAGCUUAACCACCACUUACGUGGCUUAUCCAAGGAGGAGGUAGUCCGGCUAAAACAGCGGAGGAGAACCCUAAAGAAUAGGGGCUACGCUGCCAGCUGCCGUGUCAAACGUGUGUCACAGAAGGAAGAACUGGAGAAGCAGAAGAAUGACCUACAGCAGGAAGUAGAUAAGUUGGCACAGGAGAAUUCCACCAUAAAACUGGAACUGGACGCAUUGAGGGCCAAGUAUGAGGCUCUGCAAAACUUUGCUCGCUCAGUGUCCAGAGGUUCCGUCACUCCAGCUAAAGUGGCCGCCACCAGCGUCAUCACCAUCGUGAAGUCCUCGGGGAAUUCGUACUCUUAACACAGGCAAUUGCUUGAGAACCCAAAUCCCAUCUCACCUCAGCAAGACCUACAAGCCACGCACCAGAUAGCCGUCUCCCAAAGACUCGGACAGUCAUUAGUAUGACACCUCCAUGAUCCCGUCCAACAAGAAGAUGUUGGCUCCAUACAUUUGGAAAUCUUUUCAGGAAAGCCGUGGUUUUUGUCCUAAAGUAAACCUGACCCAGCAAUAUGUCAAUAUUAUAUUUUGUACUGGUUGUUUAGCUAAUGCAAAAAAAAUUUGUAUCCUUGUUCUUACUAUUAAGGAAACAUUUAACAUUCCGUCUCUGAGAGGAUCUAUAAACCCCCAAAGUCGUUAUAUAACAUUAAGUUAAUAUUUAAUUUAUUUUACCAAUAUUUAUUCUAAUAUAAAUGCUGCAGAUUACCUAUAUGACAGGUUUACUUUAAGAAACCACCUACGGGCUUUCGUUUAUUGUUAAAUCGUAAAGUGAAGGUGAAUGACAAGGGAAUCUUUAUACAUUGGCCUUGAGGGUCCUCGUGGAGAUUGCUUCGGGAUUUCUGAUCCUUUAGGAUUUUGGUCCAAAAGAAUGUAAAGAAUUGUAAAUGAAAUAGUGAAAAAAUAUAUAUUGUUCAAGGGUUAAAGUGAAUGUGAAACGAGAAGGGAAAACAGGAUGUAGGAAACUAGAAUGUGGAAGGAGAGGUUGACAAGUCCGAGAAGAAGGAACAAUACGAAGUACUGAGAAGGUGAAUUCAAGGAAAAAGAUUGAUCAUGUGACCUGUAUACAUUUUUGGUUCAAUAGAAAAAGGGAUAGGACUACUGAAUUGUGUGUGUAUCCGUGUUCCCCGACCAGGUGAGGGGGGGUUCCCUAAAAUUUAGCAGAAGAACCUCUAAUUGCAAGCUGAUUAUACCCUGCUGAAGUCAAAGGUGGUCAUACACCUUCAAAAGCUGGCGGCUGGCAGCUGUUCCUUCUGUCCUCCUCCAUACAUAUGUGCGCUUAGUUUUUCUGAGCGUGCAUACAGGGUGAGGGGAAUGAGCAGCUGCCAGACACCUCUAGUGGUAGAUUGUCUCCUUUGACAUAAAAGGAUCGGAUGUUGAAAUUCUACCUGCCUGAUCCUCAUAGUUGGCUCAUCUUGAUACACAUACUUGCCUGUAGCUACCAAAUCCGGAUGGUUCAGACAAUUUAUGUUUUCAUGAGUAUGGGCCCAUUACGAAUAUAGUGGCAGCGUGAGGUAGGAAUGAAAGUAGCGAUCCCCUAAAAGUGGAAAAAGUGUUCGGAGUUUCCCCUAUGGUAAUAAGUUUAGGAAUCUGUGGUGUCUUGUAGAUAUAUCUAUAGGUAGAUAUGUAGUUUGGGCGAAUGCCAAGUAUUCAGUUCAGCUAUUGAGUCUACAGUAUAUCUGUCCAUGAUAUAUAAAUAUUGACAACUUUUUAAUGAGAAAGGAGCUGAAAUUUGUUUUGACUGAUUGAAAGAGAGAAAUGUUCAAGUUUCAGUGCGGGGAUCCACAAUAGAUUCGGCUGAAUGUUCAGGUUUCCUCUAUGGGUUUAGGGAGGGGGUAAGCUGCAGCCAGACAGCUCUGGCAACUACUUAUCUUUCUCAGACCUAAGUAGGUAAAGAGGAGCCUUAAAGGGGUAUUCCAGGCAAAACCUUUUUUUAAAUAUAUAUCAACUGGCUCCGGAAAGUUAAACAGAUUUGUAAAUUACUUCUAUUAAAAAAUCUUAAUCCUUCCAAUAGUUACGACACUUCACAGUCCCUUCUCCUUAUUUAAGUUGUUUUUUUUUUUUUUUUUAAACCCUUUUGGCUGGAUAUCUCCUUUUAAGGCUCCUCUUCACCUAGUUUCAGCUUUGAUGGCUGCUGGACAGGACAGGAGGCACAUAUGGUAACUUCAACAAGAUCGACUAUUAUCAGAAGUGACUUGAAUGUUUGGAUAAGAAAUGCAGGAAAAAGAAGCGGCUUAUGCUAAUGUGAAAAGUUGGAAAGAAUUGUUAGUCGAGGGUGGGGGGCCUAAAAUUCUAUUGGACCCCCAGCCAGCAAUCUCCACCAGGAACCCAAUCCUUAUCAUUCGCGUGUGUAGUGUCCUGGCUAGGGGACUCAUGCUGAUGCAUACUAAUGGGGCGAAUUCACACGUGGCAGAUACGCCGUAGAUUUGUGCCGGUAAAUUGUGCAGAGAUAUCAUCUAUAUAACGCAAAAUUUUUCUGCAGGGAAAUUGACUAGUGGUGCCAUUUUAGAAUAAAAUAAUUUUAUUGCAAAUGUCACCCCUUUUUAAUGUAUAGGGAUGAAAUUUGGCUGUGAAUUUGAACUGGAAAUCCACGGCUAAAAUAAAAAAUAAAAAAUCUGCCACGUGUAGACUUUGCCCAUACUGGUGCAAGGUACUUUAAUGUCUUUCGGACAUCACACUAUUAUAUUACUGUAAGGUUUUUAAAAGUGGCCAGUUUUGGGCAUAUGACAAGUACCCCGCUCCCGCGUGUAAUAUUACUUAUAUGGCGAGAUGGGUCUGCUCCACCUCUUCUGGAGAAACUCUAAAAUAAAUAUAAAUUGAAAUAAAUAAAAAAUACUUUUAUUAGCUGCUUAAUAUAAGAAAAAUAAAAGAAAAAAAUCAGUUUGACAAAAUAUGGGACAGAGAAUUCACAUUGCUGGGGAGGGGAGGGUGAGUCACAGACCUCAGUUUUCCAGGCCAUUUCUCUCUGAUUUUCCCGGUUGCCCUUAUUUGCUUUCUUAUUUAUGUUUGAGACGUUUUAUUUUUCUGCAUAUUUAUAUAUUUUUAUUUUAAAAGAAUUUUAGGGUUAAAAUGGUGGGAAAAUGCUUAUUUUAAAUGUUUUUUGCUAUGUCUCUCAUAGGAUGAUUGAUUUCUGUUUAAUGGUUAUUGAUUAUGAUAGCAUUACUACUUGAGCGUAUAAUUUUUAGUGGGAUUUGUGGAUUCCAAUGUAAGUGACAGGCACAAGUUCAGACACUUUUUUUUUCUUGAACCUUUAUACAUCAUGCUAUUAAUUAUUUUCAGAUACUCUCAUACCUGCUCACUGGGGUUGGUAACCUAUUGGGUGAUAUAGGAAGUCUUAUUCUUAUCAAUGGCUCUGCUGCUUGCCCAAAGGCUGGGGUGUUCAUUGUAAAGCCGAGUUGCAAAAAAGUUAGAGGGGUUGUCAGAUAUUACCAAAAGGGGUCCGCUUUGUUUCAUUUUAUUGUAGAUAAGAGGAGCCCAUGGACCGGAGUGGCACUGUUGUUAGAAAGGGGGGGGGGAAUCCUGCUCCUAACGCCAACAAUCCCAAUUUUGGCAUGACUGUCCCUUUUAAACUGGGUCACAAAUGGGGAAAAAGUGUAUGUAAAUCCUGCCCUAAGCAUUUUGG